AGGUCCGCGCCUGCGCUCCGACAGUCAUUCACAAAUUACAAGUUAUAGAUGUCAAUUCAAAUAGUAUAACUAGUUUGUGGCAAUGUUCUACUCUCUCAUGCAUAAUUCUAUAAAACUGAAUAAUUUACUCGAUUGCGAACAGUGGUGGCUCAGUGACAACUGGUGUGAUAGUCAUUCCCCGCGUUUCGAACAUCAGCAGAGAUAACAGAAGCUCCUUCCAUCUAUCAGAUAACGGGAUAAUCAGUAUCUGAGUACGUGAGUGUUUAGUGGAGAGACGCGUUCCCUCGCACUAUCAGUGAUAUUGAAGAACCAGUAAAGAAACAAGAUCUUAUUGUAAUUAAUUAAAUCAUUACGUCAUGGCAACUGUGCAAGCGCCUCCCGAACUAAAUCUUCCUUCGCCACUGCCCGUCACCCAGAACUCCUCGGAGUUUGACUUCGUGGCGCUCACGAUGACAGCUCUCCGCCUCGUGAAUCCGUGGGCGGUCGAGGCCAAGACUCAAUGGCAGGCACGAAUCGAACCUGGAACUCCGGAAGCCAAAGAUCGCAUCUUGACCUUAGCCGAGGUGUCCCAGCACGACACGCCACGCGACUGCUGGGUUGUUAUCUACGACCGCGUGUACGAUAUCACUACAUUUUUGGACGAGCAUCCCGGUGGGGCAGACAUAAUGUUGGAGUACGCGGGUGGGGACGCAAGCACCGCGUUCCGAAGCUCGGGCCACUCCAAGAGCGCGGCCAAAGCGCUGGAGCGCUUCGUGGUCGGCGAACUGCCCAUACAUGAGAGAAUGUACCGGCGGCCCGGCGGCAUGCGCCUCAGCGAUAUACCAGAAUGACAUAUUUAUUUAUAUUUAUAGA